CUCGAGGUGAAGGUCAGAACUCAAGAUGUCUGCUUCCAGUAAUAAUUCGGCAGCUCCGGCUCAAAUCCCAAAGUCGAUUAAAUUCCUCUUUGGGGGUGGCGCUGGUAUGGCUGCCACGGUCUUUGUACAACCACUAGAUUUAGUUAAAAAUAGAAUGCAGUUGAGUGGUGUUGGAGGUCAAGCUAGAGAACAUAAAACUAGUUUCCAUGCAGUAAAAUCAAUAUUAAAAAAUGAAGGUCUGUUUGGUAUGUACACUGGUUUAUCAGCAGGUUUGUUACGUCAAGCUACGUAUACGACUACAAGAUUAGGUAUCUACACAACAUUAUUUGAUAUGUUUUCAAAAGAUGGUAAACCACCAGGAUUUUUUGGUAAAGCUUUAAUGGGAGUGACGGCUGGUGGUAUUGGUGCUUUCGUAGGUACACCAGCAGAGGUAGCAUUAAUUAGAAUGACAUCAGAUGGACGAUUACCUAUUGAUCAGAGAAGAGGAUAUAAAAAUGUUAUAGAUGCUUUAGCUAGAAUAGUGAAAGAGGAGGGUGUACUUACAUUAUGGAGAGGUUGUAUACCUACAGUUGGUAGAGCUAUGGUAGUUAAUGCAGCCCAGUUAGCAUCUUAUUCCCAAGCUAAACAAUUUCUAAUAGGUACAGGUUAUUUUAGUGAAAAUCUUCUCCUCCAUUUCUGUGCCAGUAUGAUUAGUGGUUUGGUUACUACAGCAGCAUCUAUGCCGGUGGAUAUAGCGAAAACAAGAAUACAAAGUAUGAAGACUAUAAAUGGAGUCCCUGAAUAUUCUGGUGCUAUUGAUGUGUUAGCCAAGACUAUACGGAGCGAAGGCUUCUUUAGUUUAUGGAAGGGAUUUACCCCAUACUAUGCUAGACUUGGUCCCCACACAGUACUUACCUUUAUAUUCUUAGAACAGAUGAAUAAACUUUACAAGGUCUACGUUCUGAAAGACAAAAACGCUACAGGAGGUUUAUAAUAAACACAAUCGUUAUUAGUGUGAUACACAGGUUCGAGAAUUAUCAAGUGACAAUAUUUAGACGUAAAGACUUUUUUUUUUGUCUUAGGGUCGUGUACGCAGCCCCUUUUCUUUGACUAAAGUUGGGACUUGGUAAAAAGUUUUUGAUAAGCUUGACUUUAUCUUCAGAGAUUUUUUUGUAUUGAUGAUUUUAUGUCAAGCCAUUGGUUUGGUGAAAUUUAACAAAAGGGUAAAUGUCUGGAAUCGUAUUUGCAAAAUUUAAGCUAGAACAUUUUUAGGAUGUGGCCUUUGUAUUGGUCGAGGGUUAGAAUACUAAAAGAAAAUUUAAGCUCUUGGCCAAUGGAAAGGCUGCUUUCCUAAAAUGAGAAACUCGCUGAAAGUUGUAAUAACAAUUACCUGGUACUGGUUUAUAAACCUGCAACUUGUCAAGGAUUGUGUCGCUGAUAUUACUCAUCAUUUAUGUGAUUAAAGACAAGAACGCCAUUGACAAAAUGUUGCAUGUUUAGAAACCAUAUGUUAGUCCCGAAAUGACCUAGUUUACAUCGAGUGGACGUUAAACCCCAUUUCUCUCUCUCUCUAUGGAAAACAAUUACUGGUAUUAUAUUUUAAUCAGGGCUACGUUUCUAUUAGAAAUAUGGUAAUUGUUUUCCAAAAAAAUCGUAUGUUUAAUUUAAGCAUUUUAGUGUGUUACUAUUACUCUCCAUUACUAAAUACCACUCAAAGUUUUUUCCUAAAAUAAUUUACUUUAAAUUUACGUGAACAAGAUCCCUGAUAAUGAAUAUGACAUGUGAUACGACCCUUGACCCUUAAUCCUUUUUGUGUUAAUUUUGUUGUUGAAUGAGAUUGAUUUAUAUCUAAUGAAAACUGUCUGUGUUUAAAGAGGCAGACAUUCUUCAAUUUGUGUGAAAAUAAAAUGUUGCUAAUUACAUUAUUGUAUGUACUAGUUAGAUUUGGGAUCAGACAAUCGCACUAUGCUUAAAUUUCCAUUUCUAUAAACUAGUCAAUUCAGUAAACUGAUUGUGUAUAAAUGGGUAGUUUGCCUUGAUUGAUUACGAAGUAAUUGUGAGACUUCUAAGCUGGUUCUAUGCUUGUUUCAUUAGGCCAGUAAUUGGCAACUUUAAGAUGGAUAGUUAACUCAUGUUUUUGUGAAAUAACAUUAUUAUAAUAUAGAUUUGAUGUCAUCCUCUGAUGUUAGCGUGCCAUUAUUUCAAAUAAAUGUUACAGGUGCUUUUCCAAUCUUGACGUCAUCCUUUGAUGUUAGCACACCAUUAUUUCAAAUAAUGUUACGGCACCUUUCCAAAGUGGAUAGGUAAUGAAAUAAUGUUAUUUUAAAUACAGGUGUGACAUCAUUCUGUGAUGUUAGCCCACCAUUAUUUUAAAUACAGGUGUGACGUCAAUUUGUGAUGUUAGUGCACCAUUAUUUUAAAUAGUGAUAUGACACUUUCCCAAUAAUACAUUAUUUAUAGAAGAUGACAAUCAUAGUGAUGAUUUCAUAGAAAUGCACGUUCAUUGUGUAUAUUCUGUAUUUUAGGGAGUUUAAAGGUCUCGAGCAAGACAUUGCGUAAUAUAUUAAUGUCUCGCUCACCACAGUUAACUGUACAUCAUAAAGUUGCUACAAGUAGUAGCUUGAGUAAAUGACUCCCUGUAAAUAAUGAGAUCUAUACAAUCAAGAUAUGUGUAAAAUAUAUAAUGGUCUCGCUGUAUUGCAGGUUUAUUCUCUAGACCCCAACAUCAGUGGAAUAGUCAUAAGUCAUCUUGAUUAUAAGCUAGUCACUUAGAAUAUACAGUAGUCAUUUCUGAUUGCUUUUAAAACCAAGGAAUAAUUCAGGGCUCUCAUUUCGGUAAUAUUUGCCAGUCUAGACUGACUGGUAGUGAAAAUGACCCAUGAGAGAAUUUGCCUGCAAGUCAAUUUACAGAUCCCAAUAUUCAGUUUUCAAAUAAUUUUAAAACCUUGAAAUACAAUAAAUUCAAUUAAAUUAAUAGUGUUUAUGUAUAAACGCACUUAAAAAUAUAUUUAAAAAUUGGACUAAUGCUAAAAAUUGUCAUUGUCAUCUUUGAGAAACAUAUUUUGCUAAUUUAAAGUAAACAAAAUACAUCGAAUAUUAACCAGCUGACAAAAUUGCAAUGUAAAAGCUCUGGCAUAAACUACCUCUUUUAGUAGACAUGUCUCAUAUUAAUAAAAAGCUUUCUUGGGGGUAUUUUUCUACUCUCUAUAAUUUAUUUACAUAUUUAAAAUCUCUAAAAUAUCCAAUAUGUUUAUUAUUCAUAUGAAAUAAAUUUAUUAUAGCUUUUUGACAUGAGCAGCAAGUUUCUGUAAAAUAACUGUCCUAUAUAUGCUAUUCUGGUGCUUAUAUUUAAACUAUUUUAGAACCGGCGGGAGUGUAUACUGUAUGCCUAACCGGUUGAACUAUUUCCAUCCUGUCGUAUAAAGGAAAGGUUUGAUUAUGCAUGGGUACAUGUGAGCAUUUUCUAAGAAAGAUACAACACUAGCUGGAGCCUGCAUUUUUAAGGGUAGAGUAGCCAGCAUUGAAAGUUAGCGUCUCCAAAGACAGGUAGCGAACCGAGUUUUUAAAAUUUAUUUGGCCGACUUGGCGUUCAGAAUGUCAUAUGACAAAGUUAAGCUGGCUUAACCAUUGCCAGCGUUUUUAUACCAGUUUAACAUAAGGGUCUGAAUGGUAUCUUGAUCCCCAUACUGGCAACAAGCGUGAAUCAGUUACAUCUGGAAUGAAUAUUAUAUAUUUAAUGUGAUCCAUGAUUUAUCAUUCACAUCUGUUCUCAUGUCCAGGCUUGGCCACGUGUAGGAAUCAAUGUAAGAAUGAAUAUUAUAUAUUUAAUGUGAUCCGUCAAUUAUAUUGGGUGCCAUCUUGCAUUCACAUCUGUUCUCAUGUCCAUGCUUGGCCAAGUGUAAGAAUCAAUGUAAGAAUGAAUAUUAUAUAUUUAAUGUGAUCUGUCAAUUAUAUUGGGUGCCAUCUUGUAUUCACAUCUGUUCCUGUAGUGUAUUAAUUAUUUCCUGCUAAUUAAUUAAUCAAUCAUUAAUGCUUUGAUUUUUUGUAGUGGAUAAUCAAAAUAAUUAUAUAUUUUUAGGGUCUAAUGCAUAAUAAUUUAAAAAUAAAUCUUGGAUGGGUUUGGCUAAUAAAAAAAAUUAUAGAGUUUGCUCAUCCAAGCUAUUGGUUCAAUGGCUCCCAAACCUUAUUCACAAAAACUUUCCAUUUGUUAACAUUUGAAUUCUCACCCAAUAAAAAGGCUGCAUUCUUCAAAUACUUUAGUUUAAGCUUUAAUGAAUCAGGCCCCAGAAAUUAUUUACUAUCUAUAUAUUGCUAACCAUAUUAAUGCCUGGAUUGAGAUUUAUUGAUUGUUGCUUAUUUUUUUCUUUUGUAAAUUAUGUUAUCGCAAAUAUUAUGUUUGGUGAGAAAAGUUAUUUGUAUAUACAUAUACAUGUUUUACAUACUAAUGUAUUUUUUGAUUUAAUUGUUAAAAAUAAUGCAUUUGUACGAGUAUCUUUUUGUUUAAUUUUUAGAAUCGGAUAUUAAUAUGAAUUGUUUUUGUUUGUUGAAAUUACCAGUAAUAGAGAUAUAAUGUUUGUCAUUGUUAAUAUAAUUGUUUUGAGAUAUGAAUGGUGAAUGUGUGUUCUGUGAAAAAUUAGGCGAAUUAUUGAAAUCCUGUACAGCAGAAGAUGCCGUAGAUGUUUAGUUCAUUAAUCUAAUCUCUCGCACUACCAGAGUUCUAUCAUUUUCUCUUUAUUUGACUGUCCAACUUCAUGGGUUUUCUCCGGGUUCUCCGGUUUCCUCCCACUGCUAAAAAUGACCUAGUUUGUGUCGAGUGGACGUUAAACCCCAUUUCUCUCUCUUUGACGGAAGUGUUUAUUCCUGUACUCCUAGGCAACUGGUGUCACAAGAUUUAGCAAAGAAACCUCUGUUGAAUUACCAGGCCUGAAUUAGUGGGACUCGUAAGAGUUUUAAGUGUUUAGGCUAAUGUAGUCCUUUGAUAGAUAUGUCUUACAUGAAGAAAGUACUCUUAUUAUAACUCUGUUGUGUUGGCACCAUACAUGGUUUAAUCACCGCUCGUGUUCUUUUCGUCUUGUGGACAUUUCGUUCCGUCACCUUAUUCAACCGUUCAUGAACAAAACAUGAUGAAGCUCGCUGGAACUUGUUUAGUCGGGAACUUGUUCCAUACAAUUCGAGUUACGGAGUAGAUAUCGACAUGAAACUUAAGGGUUCUCGGACUAUUGCGUAUCGAUCAACAGUGGUUGAUUUUUGAUAAGACGUCACAAUUCCAAGAGGACUCCUAGUUCAUACAGUAGGCUUAAGCUUAUUUCCACAAAUGUCUAAAUGUAGAUGUGUUUCAAAAUACAAGUUACCUAAUUGUCUUUAACUUAAAUAUAAUUAUGCAUGCCAUAAAUGAAAUAAAGAAAAUUAUGUAAUUAAGUCUAAACACAACAAAUCAAAAUGUUGUUUAAAUAAACCAUAUUUUACUAUGUGAAAUAUUUAUUUUUUGAGAGAUAUAAUUUUUUUCAUUUCUUAGAUUGUACCUUAUUAAUGUAAUUUAUAUGGAUGUAUAUCAUAUAGUUACGAACAUGACAUAACAUCUUGACUGACGGAGAAAUAAAAUUAUAUGCAGAA